AUGGUGCAUUCUCCUUCCACAUCAAUAGCACCUGCUAACCUUUCAGAUCGCGAGAUCAUGACAGAAGGUGUGGCCGAGAAGGAUACAGAGUCGUCGGCACCAGAUAUUCUUGGAGGCGACGAAUUUUAUGAUCGAUUCAGCAGCUCCCGAAAAAACUCCCUGGUGGCCAUUGUGGCACUCGCGUGCUUUCUAAGUCCAUGUACUUCUAUGGCGUAUCUGCCUGCCAUUGACGAGAUCUCCCAGACGUUCCACACGACGCGAAAUAUCAUCAACAUCUCCAACGGAGUUUACUGUGUGGUUAUGGCGAUCUCUCCGUGUAUUAUGUCGCCAAUGGGAGACGUUUAUGGCCGAAGAAUGACGUUUUUGCUAUGCACUGUUGGUUUCACGGUUUCCACGGUGCUUGUUGCGGUUUCGCAAAACCUCGCCAUGUUUUUCGUGUUCAGAUGCUGUUGUGCCCUUUUUGGAACGGCAUUCUUUUCUGUGGGCGGAAACGUGGUUGGUGAUAUAUAUUUGCCUCACCAGCGUGGGAAUGCUAUGGGCUGGAUUCUGUCUGGAUCCCAGGUAGGAUCUGCAUUUUCCCCAGUGAUUGGUGGGAUUAUCAUGACAUAUACCCAUUGGAGAGUUAUAUUUUGGGUUUUGGUGGGCCUUGGAGCGGUCACUUUUGCAGUCUCUCUGUUCUUUCUACCGGAAACUGCUCGCACGACUGUUGCUAAAGAGAUUCGCAAGGAGCAUCCAGGGAAAAGACUUAUUUUCGUUCCAUAUAAUCCGCUGCGCGUCGUUUUGGCACUGCGAUACCCGAAUCUGUUACUUAUUGGAAUUGUGAGCAUGUCGCUUGUCUAUAAUAUGUACACGCUGCUCACGCCUAUUCGGGCAGUCAUUGACCCUAGGUUCCAUCUUACAACCCCGGUGUACGGUGCCCUCUUCUAUCUCGCUCCUGGAAUGGGAUACUUUUUGGGAACGUUUGCGGGAGGUCGUUGGGCUGACAGGUAUGUCAAGAAGUAUGCCAAAAUAAGAGGAGUUCGCAUUCCUGAAGAUCGACUGCGGUCAACGUAUUUUGCAUACGGCUUUGUGAUUCCCGCUGGAAUGCUGGUUUACGGAUGGUCGCUUGAAAAAGAAAAAGGUGGAAUGGCAUUGCCCAUCAUAGCUCUGUUUUUCAGUGGAUUUUCGCAAACCAUCGUCUUCCCAAGUGUCAAUGCCUACUGCGUCGACUCGCUUCCCGAGCUCAAAGGCGAUGCCGUCGCGUCCAACUACUUCAUUCGGUAUAUCGGAGGUGGGGUCGGCACAGCGACUUGUGUAUACCAGAUUGAUUCCAUUGGCAUUGGCUGGAGCUCUACUAUCAGCGCGUUUGUGCUUUGGGGAGGAUUUGCUGCGUGUUGUGUGCUGAUCCGGUACGGCGAGAAACUGAAGAAACCCAUGUUCUGA